AUGCGGAAUCAUCCAUUCUGGGACCCCUUGGCCAAUUAUUUCCCGAUGAAAUUGGUCAAAACAGCAGAGCUGUCACCUGACAAGAAUUAUUUGUUAGCGUAAGUCUUUUACUUUCAUAUUUUAGGAGGUUUAUACUCUAAUUGAGCGUAAGGUGUCUAGUGUUACACAACGCCUUCGAAAGCACAAUUUUUGAGCUCGUUUUCAGAUGGCAUCCCCACGGAAUUGUCUCUCUCUCAGCUGUGAUCAAUGUUUGCACCAACGGCACUCGAUUUGCCGAACAAUUUCCUGGAAUUAACCGCUAUCUCGCCACAUUGGACAUGCAUUUCAAACAGCCCUUCCGAAGAGAACUUCUUUCGGCUUUCGGACUUGUUGGGUCGUCGUUCAAGGCGCUGCUGACCGUACUGUCGGAUGUGAACAAAGGAAAAGCAGUGGUGCUUGUGGUCGGCGGAGCAGAAGAGGCCUUGGAAUGUCAUCCCAAUGUAUUUAAGUUGUGUUUGGAGAGAAGAAAAGGGUUCAUCCGAUUGGCGUUAGAAUCUGGAGCGUAUCUGGUGCCAGUGUACUCAUUUGGAGAGACCAGUACAUUCAAACAAGUCUGGAAUCCAGUCGGAUCUCGGUUGAGGGCGUUCCAAACCAGGUUCAAGACGGUUGUGGGACUCAGCCCGGUAGCGGCAUAUGGCACAAAUAUCAUCCCGUUUGUUCCGGGGAUUGUCCCAUUCAGAACGGAGGUGGUUUCAGUAGGUAGGAAGGCUUCUUUAUCUUUAAAUUGGAUCUUUUAACCGUGAUUCAUAUAUUAUUUGAGUGGGAACCCCAAUCCCAGUAGAACGGACACCAAAUCCAACGCGAGAACAGGUUGAUGAACUCCACAGGCUCUACAAAUCUAAACUGAGCGAGCUGUUCGAAGCGCACAAGAGCAAAUACGGUGUAUCAGAAGAUUCUCAUCUCGAAUUUUAUUAA